GAACUCGGCAACUCACUUGCACGUGUGGAAUGAGGCUCUGCUGCAUUUCAUGGCUCCUCUGGCGGUUUUCUUUGACUUAAAAAGGGGGGGCUUGCGCGACAUGGAAGCUGAAUCGUCACGCAACAGAGUAUAAAUCAGUCUUACAUAUAUUUUUGAAACAUGACUGAACCUGUUUGGGAUGAUGAACACCAGAGAUAUUUACGCACGCACUGGAACGAACAGUACGGGCGCUACUACAGAAACCACUUUGUAGAAGGAGAGGGCUGGGCAUUCUUUGACUGGCUUCCGCUUCAAGGCCAACCCACUCGCGCCGAUUCACCACAUGAUGCUCGAGCAGGGCCAGCUUCUACCCCAGCUGUAGAAGGGCCAGAGAUCAGAGGCACUUACAACUAUAACCAACCCGCGCCGAACAGCCACGUGGAAUCGUUGGACUCUUCUUACUAUGUCCGACCCAGCAGUUUCUUUACUGUUGGCAAGGUCUUCUCGGUUUUGUUCAGUGAAGCCGCUGGCUCGACAGCAACUGCAUACAACAACUCCAUUUCUAUUGUGAGGUACGGAGAGUAUGUGCAUAGCCAGAUCCGACGUUUCAUCGUAGUUGGGCCCAGGCAUGGAUUUUGCUUCGCCGUCCCCAUCUUCACGUACGGUGGCCAGGGUACGAAAAAACACGGUGUAUUGCCCAGUGCACAUGCAAUCGCCUACUCCCUCGGUUCUACGCCUUCCCUGUUAGAAGGCGAAAGCUCCCUUGACAAGGACUCUAUCUGCAUCAUGAUGGCGCAAGGAGUACCUCCGCUAUCUCAAGCAUCGCGAAUCUUCUUCGGAAUCCACCACCCUACCCAGCACAACGUCAAGGUCAAGGAGAUUGGCGACGUUCACCCUGAUCACCUUCGCAGGCUCUUGGGUUAUUGGAACACACAAAACUACUCCCCCGGCGACUAAGACACGUAGCAUCACCCUCGUGUCACUGCCACUAACGCCCACAUGCGAUAAGAUGCACCUAUCUGCCGCGUCAUACCUGAGAAUUGAGGCCCUUCUUUCCUUCUAUCCACAAUACGUUACCUUUACAACUCGCACAAUGUUACCAUUCGUUCGUUAUCUGCACACACUUUAUGAGACUGGAUCACGAUCUCCCAAUAUUCUCUGCAAUGUAAACGGCCGCUCAAAUUGUAUCUAAUGAAUAUGACGUAUCAAAUAUCCUUGUUAGCCAGGG